AUGAAGAAUAACACGGUGGUGCAUCAGCUGCUGCAAGUGUCGUCGUCGUCGUCGUCUUCGGAGAGUGAGGCGGAGGAAGAGGCGGUGGUGGAGAUCGAAGAGCAAGCGCAUCCGCCGGCAUGGAACCCCGCAAACGGCAUCAGUACUGGCCUUGCCCUCGGCAUCAACAAAAGGAGGCUGCUUUCGAAGCAGUUGUCGAUGAGGGAGACGAGAAUGGAGGCCAAGUGGGAGAAGAGGAGGAGGCAGAUACUGCAGACGAGGCGUCUGAUGGAGGGAGGCGGCCGCGGAGAAGGAGGAGGAGGAGAUGAGGAGGCGACCGAGGGGAGCGAGAGGCGGUUGGAUGGAAGGACGAGGAGCUUGACCGACGAGGACCUCGACGAGCUCAGGGGUUCCAUCGACCUUGGGUUUGGCUUCAACGAAGAGGAAGGUGGACAAGGCCUCUGCGACACUCUCCCCGCCCUCAACCUAUACUUCGCCGUCAACCGCCAGCUCUCCGACCCCAAGCUUCAAUCAUCGCCGAGCCCGGCCUCCACCCCGACCGCCACCUCUUCGUCAUCCGCUCUGGACGGCCUCCCGAGCCCGCGAAGUCCCAACGAACAGUCGCAGUCAGGAGCUUCAGAUUGUUGGAAGAUCUGCAAUCCAGGAGACAGUCCGCAGCACGUGAAGACAAGAUUGCGGCAUUGGGCACAGGCGGUGGCUUGUUCUCUGAGACAAAGCUGGUGA